AUGGAAGAGUCAUCCAAGCAUCCCCCAUGGUAUAUGGAUGAAGACACAGAAGCCUUUCUUGAAGAUCAGAAUACUUUGGAAUGUAAUAUAAUAAAAGGUCUACGUGAGCUCUACCUGACAGAAACACUAUGUGAUGCAGCCAUAAUAACUGAAAGCAGAAGGUUCCCCUGCCACAGGGUGGUACUUGCUUCGGUCAGCCCCUAUUUCCGAGCAAUGUUCACUAGCUCUAUGCUAGAAUCUGAACAUGGAGAGGUUUGCCUUCUGGAUGUCCCUUCUUCUGUCAUAGAGAGCAUCGUUCACUUCAUAUACAGUGGUGAAGCUACUCUCAACUUGGACUCUAUUGAGGAGCUGUUUACUGUGUCCAGCCGCCUACAGAUUACAGCUAUGCAGGAUCUGUGCAGCAGGUUUCUCAUCAACAAGCUAACCAAUGAUAACUGCUUCUGGAUUUACAGACUGGCUCAGAGCCAUAAUCACAUCAGACUUCAAGGGGUAGCUAUUCAAUACAUCAGCUGGAACAUAACCAGUCUUUGUGAAAAAGAAGAUUUUCUCCAUUUGGAGCAGGAUGAAUUAAUAAGCAUUCUUUCCUCGGAUCAGUUGAUGGUAUCUUCAGAGCUUUGCAUCUAUCGCAUGGCCCUUCACUGGUGGAAAGCCAACAGGGCUGCAGGUAGUCCAUUUCCUGAAGAGCUAUGUAGAGUCAUCCGAUUUCCAUUAUUGUCACCCCAUGAGCUAGAAGAAGUCAAAAGAGAUGUAAUUCUGGAACUAUCUGGUCUUCAGAAAUCAGUACCUUUUAAACUACGCCAAGGUAUGUUUGAAAACCAGAUUGUUUGCAUGGACCUUCAGGCCAGAGAAGACCACACUCUUGAUGAUAAUGAUUUCUUUCUGGACUGCUAUGACCCUGUUGCCAAUGAUUGGGAUAAGAUUACUCCCUUAAAAUCUUUGAUGUAUCCUGGAUGCCUUGCUAUAGAGAACUAUUUGUAUGUGACUGGGGGGAUGAACCAGGAUGAUUCUGUUUCCCAGACUUUUCAUGUUUAUGAUUCGUUAACAAACAGCUGGACAGAAUUUCCACGUAUGAAGAACCCAAGGGCUCUACAUGGGUUCUUAUCUUGUAAGAAGAAACUGUUCGCAGUGGGAGGAUGGAAUAGAGAUGACGUUAUGGACUCAAUGGAAUGUUUUGACCUCUCCAAAAAUUGUUGGUCUGAGUUAUCUAAAUUACCAUUUCCAUUGUGUGCUUUUGCAUCCACAAAGUUAAAAGGUAAAUUGUACUUCAUAGGAGGAGAAACUGGGAGGAACCGUUCAUUCAGUGAGAAGGGACUACUGAUUUAUAAUCCAAAUUCAGAUUUAUGGAGUCACAUUCCAAAUAAAAUUGUGGUGGCAUUUGGAGGAGCAGUGACAUUAGAUAACAAAGUGAUUGUGAUUGGUGGCUAUAAUAAUUAUUGUCAAUCUACAGGGCAGGCGGAAGCCACUUCUAGAUGUUUGUGCUUAGAUGAACAGGGUUGGGUGUCUCAGGAACUCAAAGUCCCACCACUUCCUGAGAAGAUAGCAUCUGCUGGAGUCGUGCAGUGGAACCAAAGAAUCUAUGUUUUGGGUGGG